UGGCACGGCCCUGGUAGUCAGCCGGAGUGGGUUCUGUCAUGGAGGGCGCUGCAGUCUCAGGGCAGACGGAGGGGCUCCCCGAAAGGCAAGGAAUGCAGUCAGCUGCAGGACCAGGAGGAGCCCUGGUGGAACGCUCCCCAUCCCCCGGCGGUUUGGCCCUGGUGAGCCCCUACCACACCCACCGGGCCGGGGACCCUUUAGACCUCGUGGUGCUCGCAGAGCAGGUGCAGAAGGCUGAUGAAUUUAUCCGAGCAAAUGCUACUAACAAGCUGACAGUCAUAGCAGAGCAAAUCCAACAUUUGCAAGAACAAGCUAGGAAGGUAUUGGAAGAUGCCCGCAGAGAUGCUGACUUACACCACGUAGCUUGUAAUAUGGUAAAAAAACCUGGGAACAUCUACUACCUUUAUAAACGGGAGAGUGGUCAGCAAUAUUUUUCCCUUAUUUCUCCAAAGGAGUGGGGAACACGUUGUCCACAUGACUUCUGUGGUGCCUAUAAGCUACAGCAUGACUUAUCCUGGACUCCAUAUGAGGACAUUGAGAAGCAAGAUGCUAAAAUCAGCAUGAUGGACAAGUUGCUGAGCCAAUCAGUGGCCCUGCCUCCAUGCACUGAACCCAACUUCCAGGGACUGACCCACUAAGUGAGUGCUGACGUCCAGCUCUCACAAGGACCUGACUGCCACCUCCUCCUUGCCCCAUUGUUGCCUUGAUGGGAGGUGUCCUGAGAAUUGAGGGUGUUUAGGUGAAUCACGAACUUCUUAGAAAGAGACCCUGUGUAAA